UUGUGCCGAUUUGUUGUGGGUAAAUCUACGUAUUUUAACUUUCUAAAAGAUCCCUGCGGAAUACAUCCCAAAAAAACCGUCAGCUACCAACACCCAGAGCGAUGGCACCCCUAUAACACUCUCCAUUUGUUCGUUACAAGGUGCAAACAUUUCAAAAUGUCCUACGUUGUGCGAUGACUUUGUUCCGGGCUUUUAUUGCAUCUAUUUGACUAAUUCAAAGUAAAUUAUCAGUUUCCCUUAUCAUCUAACGAAAAUGUCUAGUCAAAUCGAACCAAUUAGUGUGCGCACGACUCGACUAAACAAUCUUGUCCUGAAUCGGAAGGCGGCCACCUCGAGGACCUCGAAACUGGUGGCAGAUGCGCUUUCGCGUGAGGGCCUGCUCGAUGCACUGUGCCUUUUGUACAGUGAAUGCAAUAAGGAGCAGCUCAAAAAGCGUGACAAGCAGAUAUUCGAGUUUGUUUCGAAAUAUCGUCCGGUUCUUCAGGAGACCGAGAAGUUGCGAGUGAGCAGCAGCGAUUUCAAUGUGAAGACGAUUAUUGGGAAAGGAUACUUCGGGGAUGUGUUCCUGGUGUCGGAGAAGGCAACUGGCGAUGUCUACGCGUUGAAGAAGAUAAAGAAGGAGAUGAUCACCAAUUCGCAGGUGAAGGAGGAGCGGGAUAUUAUGGCGAGCAGGGCUACAGAGUGGAUUACACACCUCCAGUAUGCGUUUCAGGACUCUGACCACCUUUGCUUGGUCAUGGAAUAUCUUCCUGGUGGUGACCUGCUGAGUCUGAUGAUGCGCAACGGAGCCUUUGACGAGGACCUCGCUAAAUUCUACUUGGCGGAGUUGGCUCUGGCAAUUAAUGCGCUACACACAAUGGGCUAUGUCCAUCGCGACAUCAAACCGGAGAAUAUCUUGAUUGAUCGGUUUGGUCACAUCAAAUUGGCGGAUUUUGGAAACGCAGCCGCUAUGGAUAAGGACGGGCAAGUGAUGAGCCUGUCACCAGUUGGAACCCCGGACUACAUCGCUCCUGAGUUGCUGCAAACGAUUUCAACGCAGAAGGUGUCCAAGGCAGUGCACGAUGUUAAAUGUGAUUUUUGGUCUAUGGGAAUCAUCGGGUACGAAUUAGUUUGCGAGACGACACCUUUUCACGAUGACAAUGUACACGAAACUUACUCGAAAAUCCUUAGUUUCUGUGACGGAAAAGAACCUGAAAAGCUCACAUACCCACAAGACGUUACUCUCAGUCGACCAUUCCGAAAUUUGCUUGAAGGGCUGAUUACCAAAUCACGGUAUCGUUUAACAUUUCCUGGUAUACGAAAGCAUGAAUUUUUUGAGGAUGUUGACUGGGAAAAUCUUCGGCAUACAGUCCCGCCCAUAAUUCCAUCUGUUAGCAGUGACGACGAUGUAUCGAAUUUUGAAGAUAUCGAGCGUAUCAAAGGCAGGCGUAGCACUUUCGUGAAAGCCCCUAGAAAAAUGGGAAAUUUCAAUGAGUUUUCUGGUCAUGAUCUUCCUUUUCUUGGUUAUGGGUUUAUACACGAAGAAAAAACGGAUGCGAUAUCCGAGGAGGAAGAAAGUCUUGCCCCGCAAUUGAAUAAAUUGAAUGCGAAAGUGCGAGAAUUGCAACGAACGAAUAAAGGGCAGACUGAGGAAAUUAAGACAUUGCAAGAGAAACUUGUACGAGCUGAAAGCAAAGCAAACCAAACGGAUUCGGUUAGUAAGAUUUUGAGGGAUACCAAGGAGGAGUUGAGUAACAUGAAAGAAAGAUUGAAGGAAAAAACAGCAGAGCUCGCUUCUAGCAGGACGGAAGUCAAAACAUUGAAGAGUUCCUUGAAAAUUGAGGAGGAGAUGAGAUUGAAAAGUGACGCCACAAUCUCACAAGUUCUUAGUUCGACCUACCAAAAGUGGGAGAAAGCUAAGCAGCUUUCGGAUCAGAAUUAUGAGAAACUUAUUUCUGAAAAGAAAACGGAAAUUGCAAACAUCCUGCAAAAAUUGGAAGCAUGUGAAGAUGAGCUGAGAACAAAGUCCGAUCAGUGCACUCAUCUCCAGGAAAAGAUUGAGAACUACAAGGAAAUGCUAAGAACGAACAAGGACCAGAGUUCGUCUGAUAAAACUGAAUUUGAAAAAAGUAAAGCGCAAAUUGCUGAAGCGUACGAGUCGAAAAUUGCUGAGUUACAGGACAAAUUGCGUGCAGAGAGGUCAACAAAGUCAAAACUCAGCGAUGAGCUCCGCGGUGUUCGAUCUGAGCUGGAUGAAUCAAUUUGUUCGACGAACAGCAAUCGACAAGCGAAGUUAGCAACAGAGAAAAAUAUCGAAGAUCUAAAGAAGCGAUUGAAUCGGGAGAUUGAGGAGAAUAAUAAUCUCCGCGCCGAAUGUGCAGAACUCCAAAAACAUUCCGACGAGCUUGAGAAGUCGUGUGAAAAUCUGAAGGUGGAAAUUGAGAAGGUGAAACAUGAGCAGCAAAUCCUUGAGGAACGACGAAGGUCUUAUGAAUUAGAGAGCGGACUCUCGUCGCCAUACAGAACUGCUCAUGCGAGUCUCACAGACCUUCAUGCUGUCGAAGAGCAACUUCGAAAUGACUUAGUCGCGGCCAAAGAGAAUGAAGAUGCGCAAAGGAAACGAGCUGACCAGCUAGAAACCGCAGUGUCCAGAUUGGAAGAGAUGAUUGCUAAGCUUAGCGAGCAACCAAAGUCCGUUGGUGAUAUGCUCGAAAAACAAAAUGAAAAACUUGAGGACGAACUGACAACGGCACGAGAACAAAUGAUAGUUGAACGUCAAGCGGCAAGGACAGCGAGUUUGGCUUUGUGGAAGGUUGAAAAGCAAGUGGAUGACUUGAAGCUGGAGAAGAAACGUGUCGAGAGGAGAAUGGAGUUGACUGAGGAGAGAAUUAAGAAAGUGCAGGCUGAGAGGGAUGAAGUUCAGCAGAAAUUAAAACUUUCUGAAGCGCUUCUCAGUCAGAAGGAAUCGAAAAUCGAGGAGUUGAAGGAGGAGAUUGUGAACCUUAAGGCGGACAAUCAGAAGGAGCAUGGAAGGUGGGAGAAAGCGGAGCAAGAACGCAUGAAGGAGAAAUCGGAAGUCAUCGAACAAAUAUCGACGGUGCACAAAUUGGAAGAGAAAGCGGAAGAAUGUCGCGCGAAAAUGCUCCAAGCUCUACAAAAGAACGAUUCGGUGAAUUUCGAAAAUAAACGGCUGCUUCGUGAGCUUACCGAAGAGCGGGAGAGGUUAGCUUGCUUGAACGAUAAUCACCAGCAACUGGAAAUGAAGCUUAAACAAACUGAGGACAACUAUGAGAUGCUGAAAGUCGCGUGCAGCAUAACUGACACUCAACUCUCUGAAAUCGAAGUCAUGUUAGACACCGAAAUGAAAAGAAAUAAAGAAAGUGCCGAGAAAAUCGAUAAUUUGUGGAAGGAUCUGCGGAAGAAAGAUGAGGAAAUUGGCAAGUUGAAACAAUCCAUCAAUGUGGAGGCGGCUGCGAAAAUUGCAGCUGAAACAAAGUUGAAGAACUUACAACAAGACGUGGAGGAGCUUAAAGCAAGCUUAGAAUCGUGUCACCAAAAGAUUGUGGAACAGCAAAGGGAGCUCGUUGAGAAGACUGGUGCGUUGUUUGAGGCUCAGGAAAGAACUGAAGUGCUUUCUUCAGACACGGUGAAUCUUCAGACCGUCAACACGAACUUUAGCAAAGAAAUACAAGUCCUGAAAGAGGAGAAUACGCGGAUUCUAACUGAUCUAUUUCUUGCAAAGGAGGAAGCGAAUAAGUUGGCCCGCGAAUGUAGGGAAGCCAAGAAUAAUAUUGAAGAAUUGCAGCAGGAAGUGGAGCAGCUCAAUGGUGAGUUGGAAGAGCAGAAAAAUUAUAACAUUCAACGCGAUAUCAAGUCUGAAGCGACGAUAUCUCAGCAUAAGAAACUUAUUGACUAUCUCCAGCUCAAAGUAGAGGAUUUGUCGCAAAAAAAGAAGAAAACUCUUGCGGAUAUGAUUUUUGGAACGAGUACGACAAAUUCGAGAAAGGAAAACCUUUCUCCGAACGCGAUAGAAUCGACAAUUACAUACAGGACGCUACAGGAAGAACUAAAACGGGAACGGGCGCACAGUAAGGCAUUGAAAGAACAACUGGAACGUACGAAGGCUCAGUUGACAAGUUAUAGGAGUAGUGAACACCAGUCUCCAAAGAAGGAAGAGAGAGUUCAAGAGGAACCUCCAAAGAACAUCCCUAUUCGGAAAUCAUCUGAGGUUUCUGUCAAACGUACGGAAACAACUGCAUCCAGUAAGCGCCGAACAUAUCAAACACAUCGAUUUGAGCUGUCCCUGGAAAAUACGGAAAGUAUGACCUGCGAAGUUUGCUUCCAGCCUAUCUUGCCAGGAAGUCCAUAUUGGAGGUGCAAGGAAUGCAAGACUUCAGUGCAUAGAAAAUGUAGAAGCGGCGUUCACACUUCCUGCGAUGGUGAAGUUGUCCCGAUGAAUAUCAAAGCAGAAAAGUCAACAAAAUUCAACAUUGGAGAGUCGGUUGAUAGCCUUUGUCCAGCGGGAAGCUCCGAGUCCGGUCUGUCCGUUGAAGCCAACGCCUCUUACUUAGGCGAGUUGAUUUUCCAAGCGAAGUCUUUCAGUCCGGGAUUGAAGGUGAAUUGCGCCUAUGAAAUGAGUGAUGAUGUGAUUCUGCUGGGUUGCAACACCGGACUCUACUCAUAUCACUUUGAAACGGCCGAGCUAGUUCAUAUCGCGGGAAUAGAGAGUGUGAAUUACAUUGCUAUUUCUAAGAGAAUUCUGAAAGCAAUCCUGAUUGGAGCAAACGGCGAAUAUUUAUAUCAGUGCGACCUUCGGCACCUGCAGGCACGAUGUCAGACGAUUGCGUGCAUGAAGCCUAAGUUGGAAGCGACGGUUCUUGAUCUUCCAUUCGCUAAUCGUGCUCGUAAUGAACUUUGGCACCUGGUGAAGAUCUCCAACGAGGUCGGGGACUUGAACGACGCGGUAGCAAUUGCGGCUACCUCGACGCGUAUAGUAAUCUUAAAAUAUGAUCUCCAGAUGUAUCGCUUCAGGCCUGAUCGAGCUUUGGACACAGCCACUGCGGUUUCGUCCAUUCUAUUCACAAAACAUUCAGCAAUUGUCGGUUCUGAUAAAUUUUUCGAAAUCGAUUUGAACUCGUAUUCUGCGGAAGAGUUUGUUGAUAUAUCGGACGCUUCGAUGGUGCAUACGCGCUCGUGUCAACCGAUGGCUGCUUUCCGUAUCAGUGCUCAGGAGUUCCUUCUUUGUUUCACCGAAUGCGGGAUCUUUGUUGAUGAAUAUGGUUGCCGAUCGCGGCCUUAUGAUCUGAAUUGGAACUACACCCCUACAGGAUUUAUUUACCGCGAGCCGCUUUUGUAUAUAUCGCACUUCCAGAUUUUGCAAGUUCUUCGCAUCCAUCGGUCGUAUAGCAACGAAGCACCAAGUUCUAGUGAGGAUGAGGAGCAGAACUCAUUGCGGACUUUCAUGAACUUCUAUAUGCCCGCUCUGUUGUGUGAACAGGGAAGGUUGAGUGUCUACCUCGCGGCCACAGAGAGAGAAACCGAUGAGCAAGAACUUUAUCUGAUAGACGGCGUGCAGGCAUUUAAGAGUAACACAAAUGUUUCGUUGGAGACUUUGUCAUCCCAAGCUACCUGCAUUACAGUUGACUCUGCGAGCUUAGUUAGCUCGGAUAUAAGAUCAUUGGCGGAUGGGAUGUCGAGCGAAACAUAGGUUGAAUGGGGAACUCGUAAUGCCAUUUGGCCAUGCAAGAGUUACUUAAGAAAUUAUCAACGUUAAUUAAAAGAGACAACUCUUGAAUAUGAUAUUAAAUCAAAGUUUGAAACGUUUUAUUAUUAUUUUUGUUUUAUUUGACAACUUGACUUUUCAACGAAAUUAAGAGUUUUUCGUGCUAAUUGAUAAGUGAAUAAUUAUUCAUAUAAAAGUUUCUAUUUGUGCAUAAUUGAAAUGAUAAUUUAUUAAAUGCCUUAAUCAUUAUUUUUGUUCUACGGUUCCAUUUUUGUACAAAACCAAAUUGUUUGAAUAAAGAUUUAAACGCAA